CAAUAAAGAUGAACUAUCCCUUGAAAAAAUUGUAACAGCUAAGGUGCUUGUCUUUGGAGGGCCAAGGAAAAAAUUUACAGCUGUCGAGUUUGAUGUAAUCAAGCAGUACAUUGAAGGUGGUGGCAAUGUGCUGGUGUUGAUGGGAGAAGGUGGAGAAACGAGAUUUGAUACAAAUAUUAAUUUCUUACUGGAAGAUUAUGGAAUCAUGGUUAAUAAUGACUCAGUUGUAAGAACCGUCUACUACAAGUACUUCCAUCCCAAAGAGGCACUUGUAUCAAAUGGAGUUUUAAACAGAGAAAUAAAUAGAGCUGCUGGUAAAUAUGUUCCAGGAUCAUCGGACGCUGAUUCAUCUGAAUUUGGAAAGUCUGUGUCAUUUGUCUACYCUUAUGGUGCAACGCUGAAUGUUGUCAAACCUGCUGUAGCUGUAUUGUCUACUGGCAGUGUAUCUUUUCCUCUGAACAGACCUAUCUGUGGGUUCCAUUCUUCAAAGUAUUCAAGAGGAAAGCUAGCAGUACUUGGAUCCGUUCACAUGWUUAGUGAUCAGUAUCUUGACAAAGAAGAAAAUGCCAAAAUCCAGGAUGUAUUGUUCCAGUGGUUAACUACUAACGAUCUACAGCUGAACAGCAUUGAUGCUGAAGACCCUGAAAUCUCUGACUACCACUAUAUCCCAGAUACCUCAAAUCUUGCUGAACGACUCAGAGUUUGCUUACAAGAAGGAGAYGAGAUUCCUCGUGAUUUCUCAAAGAUGUUUGAUAACGAGYUGUACAAGCUGGACACCAGUGUAGUACCAGAUGUGAUUAAAUCUUUUGAAGAACUGCAUGUGAAACACGAGGCUUUACAGCUCAUCACCCCACAGUUUGAAACGCCGCUACCACCGCUACAACCUGCUGUGUUUCCUCCAACCUUUAGAGAGCUACYAGCACCUGCUCUAGACUUGUUCGACUUGGAUGAAGCAUUCUCUUCUGAAAAAGUCCGAUUGGCGCAGAUAACGAACAAAUGUACAGAGGAUGAUCUCGAGUAUUACGUACGAGAGUGUGGGGAUAUCCUAGGGGUUACCCAUAAACUCCCUAUCGAUAAUCGUGACGCCAAGCACAUACUAGACCAUAUCUUUCAUCAGGUGGUGGAGUUUAAGAAAUUAAACCAGGAGGCUGAUGAUACAACAGGAUUGACCAACUAGACGUACCAGUCUUAUUAUCUGUAUUUAUAUUCUGGAUAAAAACACCACUCGUAAAGAUAAUAGGUCAUUGGACAAACCUGUAUAAAGAACCCACUAGAUCGAUAUUAUUUAUUAGAUGGAUGCACCCAGUUACAGUCAGUCUAUAUUCUUUACAUUUAUCCACCUUGCAUGUGUUACUUUAGAGUAGGUUUCUUAUGAUUGUUCCCGGGGGAAACAAGGAUUAGGUGCGUAACCGGUGACCGUCAAGAGGUAUCCUUGCUAUAAUACACCAUACUGAUUCGAUGGUUAGUAAUCACAUGCGCUGUGAUUGGUUCCUUUGUUCCUUACCGUGACCGUGUAACAUUUUCCUAUAACGCAAAACCUGUACGAUAUAAGUUCAAAGGGUGAUUUAAGAAACAAUGAAAUACAAAGGUACAUAUGUAGGCAAGGAUCCUACAACAGAUUCCAAAGAGAUCGAGAGAGAUUGGAGUGCACCCUUCUUAAACUUAUCUUGAAUACAAGGCUUACAUGGAAAUACGAAAGAAAUGCCACAAAUUCCAUCGAAAAAAAGUUUGAUUUAUUUUCUAUUUUUUAUGUAUUUUUUUAAGAAGAGUCCAUUGGCCUAUUUGAGGUUGCGCACCGUAAAACAGUCCCAUGAUUCAUCGUGCACCCUACUCGUUACCAGUUUUCCGCGCAACCUAAGCCUACAGAGCAGGCGUUCUUUUCCCCAAAUCCACAGGGACGCCUGGUUUUCAGGCUAGCGCAACCUCGGAACAUGGAUCGUUGUUUAGGUAUUACAGACUCUAGCAAUACUUUAAAAGCAUUUUUUUUUUUUUUUUGCCAUUCGUGUGCCAGUGGGUGUGGCAGGAACAAAACAUAGCUCUUAACUGUUUAAAAAGCUGUAAAUAAACCAGUUGUAAAGUUAAUAUAUUGAGAAUUAAAAGUGUCUGGAUUUC